AUGAAAACCAAGUAAGUGACUUGCAUGAAAUUAACUGUUUAAGUAACUUAAUUAAUAAUUAGGCUAAGCACUGUGGCUAACGUGUUUGCAGCCAAAAGCUCUUUUUUAUAUUUUAUAUUAGCAUGGUUUGCUAAUGCUAACGUGACCUAGCUUGUCACCAGCGAGUGUUGGACAAUAUUGUUCACAAACUGUACAGUUUUAACUGGUAUUUCAGCAUUUUUCCGGUUAUGGACUGAAUUUUUGCUGCUUACUUUUACCUGUCUGGCCUCAGAUACUGUAUUACUGUAAUAUUCAGGGGGUCUGGGGGGAGUGCGGAAUAAGUUCUUAAUUUAACUACAGGCCUAAAGGUUUUAUACACCUAAACAAGCAGCAGUUGUAGUUAGAACAUAGGUUUUUUUUUGGUUUUUUUUAAAUCUUAAUAUUAAAUUAAUUUAAAUUAAAUAUCUUUCUUUUGCCUGAAGUAAGCACACACAUCAGCACAACUUUGCAAUAUUAAUUAAGAAUUUAGGAUAUUAAAAGCUUAUUACAUUUUUUUUUGGCUGCACUAUGAGUUCAGCAAUGCAAUGAUAACAUUUCCACACUGAAUCAAAGAGGUGCGGGAGGAACACACCUUUCCUGACUUUUGCGGUCCCCACUUUACCUAUGCCUGCCCAUCCCCCACUCGCCAGGUCACGGAGUUUGAGGCCAGGUGCUGACCGUCAGUAGGAAUAGCAGCAGCAGCACAGAGUGCAGCACAGACAGACGGUGACGAUGAAGAAAGGAGAAGAAAUGAAAACCAAACAGAGAGCAAGAUCCACCAGGCAGAAGGCACGCUUACAGCGCCUGAGGGAGCAUCACAAUAAAUGCUUAUCCAAGCAUAUGGAAUACGUAAAGCACCAAACAAAGCCCUCAGGCAGUCCAAACGAAGAGGGGGACACCUCAUCACUAUCAGAACUUCCAUCUGAGCUACUUACAGCUUCCAAGACUUUGCCCUCAGGAAGUCCAAACGAAGAGGGGGACACCUCAUCACUAUCAGAACUUCCAUCUGAGCUACUUACAGCUUCCAAGACUUUGCCCUCAGGAAGUCCAAACGAAGAGGGGGACACCUCAUCACUAUCAGAACUUUCAUCUGGGCUAUUUGCACCUUACAAUAGUUUGGAAAUAAGCCCAGAUUCUGAGCGCAACACAGAAACAUGCAGCCAUGGAAGUUCACACUCUGGUGUUGGUGAUGACCCAGAUGUACCACCCCUGAGAAGAACUGACAGCAUAUUUCUUACCAAAGAAGACCUGGAAUCGAUCUCCAAGGUGUCUAAUGGAUCAGAAGCCUCUAUGAGCUGCGUUGAAAGCAGUGGUGAUGAGUAUAUUCCGUCAAAAGCCUCAACACAUGGAAGCAGUUCAGAGGGAUCUUACGAUCUUACGAGCAAGGUUCCAUUGGUGAAACUGAAGAAACAGAAGACGUCACAGAGGACUUAUAGAAGAAAGACAUUGCCCAGUACUUCUGCAGAUAAAGAUAAUAGGAGAGCAGAAAGUGAAAACUCUAAGACCAAACCAAACCUGGGAAAUGUGUCAGUUAUGAAGCUGCAAAAAAAGAAAGGUGGUGCCAGAGUUUACAGUAAAAAACAUUAUUGUCUGUACUGUCCCAUGCACUUCCAUAAAAUGGCGAGGCACUUAAUACACAAACACAGCAAUGAAACAGCUGUAGCGAAAGCAAUCAGUUUUCCUUUGAACUCAAAGGAACGAAAAUUGCAUUUUGACCUCAUUAGAAACAAAGGAAACCGUGCUCAUAAUAACGAGGUCCUAAAAGCUGGUAGUGGAACACUGAUCCCAAGUCAGCAAACUGGGAAACCAGUGGAAGCAAGUGACUACAUGCACUGCAUAAACUGUGAGGCUUUGCUUAAAAGAAAAUCAUUAUGGAGGCACAUGUCCAGGUGCAGGCUUUCACGAAAAUGCAGCACAACAAAGCCAGGCAAAAGUCGGAUCCAGUCACUCUGUGCCUACGCACAGCCCGUCCCAGAUGGUGUUAGCAGAAAAGUUUGGGAGCUGGUAAAUGCUAUGCACCAAGAUGAAGUCACAAACAUCAUCAGAGAGGAGAAAAGCAUUUUGAGACUUGGAGAACAUUUGUAUGCAAAGCAUGGACAUGACAAGAACAAACAUGAGUACAUUAGACAAAAAAUGAGAGAAAUAGGAAGACUGAUUCGGCACUCAAGGAAAGCUGGCAGACUGAAACAAAUUGAGGACUUCUAUGUACCUUCCAACUUCAACUUUGUGGUCGAAGCAGUAAAGGACGUGGCUGGCUUUGACGAAGACAAAAACAUCUACAAAACUCCAUCCUUGGCUCUAAAACUGGGUCAUAGUCUCAAGAAGAUUGCAGAUAUUCUUGAGUGUGAAGCGCAGAUGGCAGAGUCUGACAAUGAGGAAUUUCUUAAGAAUCUGGAGAGGAGCCGGGGUCUCUAUGAGAAGAAAUGGGAUGUGUGUGUGUCAUCACGUGCCCUACAAACUCUAAGAGAGAGUAAAUGGAACUCUCCUCAGCUCCUCCCUUUCACUGAGGAUGUAAAGAACAUGCACAUGCAUAUUGAUAAGUGCAGACAAGAAUACCAAAGCAGACUUCAGAAUGAUCCAAAUAAGAAGAACUGGUCCAAGCUGGCCAGUUUGACUCUUUGUGAGUUGAUCCUGUUUAACCGUAGAAGAGAGGGUGAGGUGUCAAAGAUGCCGCUUAGUGCAUUCACCCUAAGAGACACUUCAGGAGUCCAUUCAGAUUUGGCACUAGGACUUUCAGAGUUGGAGCAAAAGCUUUGCCAGCAUUUUCAGCGCAUUGAAAUUAGAGGGAAAAGAAACAGGAAAGUUCCUAUCCUUCUAACGCCAGACAUGCUCUCCUCAAUGGAACUCUUGGUUUCACAUCGGCGGGCCUGCGGUGUGCCUGAUGAAAAUCCCUUUUUCUUCUCCAGACCUGAAGCAGAGACUCACUUAAGGGGAUCGGAUGCCAUCAGACAGAUUGCAAGGGAAUGUGGGGCCAAGCAUCCUGAAACUCUGUCCUCAACCAAGCUGCGAAAGCACGUAGCCACACUGUCCACAGUCCUAAACCUGAAAGAUAAUGAGAUGGACAUACUUGCAAAUUUUCUUGGCCAUGACAUCCAGGUCCAUAGACAGUACUAUAGACUACCUGAAGGAACGCUGGAGUUGGCUAAAGUCAGCAAAGUGCUGAUUGCCCUAGAACAAGGCCGACUGUCAGACUUCAAGGGAAUGAGCCUGGACCAAAUCCAAAUUGAUCCCAGUGAGGAAGUGCCAGAAGAAAGUGAUCUCUCAGACACAGAGGCAGACUCCUCUUUCUGCUCUCUGUCAUCAGGAUCCUCAAGAUCUAAGAGAGGACAGACAACCACUGAUGAGUUUGGUGAUGACAUUGGAGCCAUAGCAUCCUCAUCACCAAUCAUCAAGAGAAGAAAGGAAACUGAGUCUGACAGUGAUGACCCUAAAACAGGACCCCAAAGACCCAACCCAGGACAACAGACCCCUGAUGAGCCUGGCAGUGUCGAACCUGCUACCACAGGAUCCUCAAGAUCUAAGGAAAGACAGCAACCUGACAAUCGUGACCCUAAAACAGAAACCUCAAAGAGGAGGAGUUGGUCAUUAGCGGAGGUCCACGCUGUGGAAAAGACACUAAUGGCCUUCAUAGAAUCUGGUAAGGUACCAGGAAAGACGGAGUGUGUCACCUGUAUUAAGGCUUCACCAGCAGCACUUAAAAAAAGAAGCUGGACAGCGGUAAAGUUCUAUGUUAAAAAUCGUAUCACUGCCAUUCAGCGUGAAAGUGCAAGAAGAAUUUACUGAAAAACACUUGGCACUUGUUCUUACAUGUGUUGACACAUGUUAUGCUCUUUGCAUUUGUUGUAACUGAUCAUGUUUUGAUGAUACAUGUGUUGCUCUUUGGCAUCCAGUAUACUCUGAGAUGUAGAGCAUGUUCUUUCUGGUUCUAUCAGUGUUCUUUAUUCAGCCCCCUGAGGAGAACUUUUCUCCUGCUUCCUCUGCUUCUCUGAGCUCCUCUGUGCACAAUCUGUCCAAAUAUCACCUGGUUGGUUGCGUCACCACCAGAGUUCAGAGACGAGUUGGUGAGUCAGCUCAUUAAUACACUGUACUGUGGAGGGAACACAUCGCCAGUACAACUGUAAAGUCCAUCGAUAUAUCAGAUUAUGCUGUUUGGCCAAAUAUGAAUAAUGCAUCUCUGACAGACUGACAGAACCAUGAAUUGGGAGACCUAAAAGUCUAAGUCACUGCUGAAAUCAUUGUUGCCCCCUAUUGGCAUGGAGGGAAACACAGAAGUAGAGCUCUUGUUGUGUUCGCUGGUUGUUCGUGCGCCCCAAAGUUCUGCUUCUCAUGAAGUAAAGUUAAAAUGGAGGCAGAGUGAGGCUUGUAGGGUGAAUGUUUUAAAUAAAUGCAAAGGCCGUUUUAAAUAAAGGUUUUGUGAAAAUAUGAGCUUAAUAUGUCUCUCUCUUUUGUGCAGUAGGUCUAGGUAUUUCCCCACCAGAUGCAUUUUGGAAGAAAACAUUGUAUCUGGUAGUUUAGGUCAUCGGAUUCAGUAAAAAGUCAUAGUGGUUUGUCUCCUCUUUUGUAAAGCAGGUCUGGUGUUUGUCGUACCUGUUGGAGAUCAAUUGACAAACCAGUAUUCAAUUUUAAAUGAUUUUAUUUGCAACAUGUGUUCAAUCAUACUAACUGGAGAAAACAUCUUCGAUGUUGAACCAAUAUGACUGUUCAGGUGGAGCAGCAAGCCUGAUUUCUUAAAGAGGCCAGGUAAAUGAUCCAUCAUGUUUAUCAACUGUUUAAUCAUAUGUUUGCCCAAUAAUUAUAUUUUAGAAUCAGAAUCUGAUCUGUUUUUGAAGAAGAAUCUGGCAUCUGGUAGUCUAGAUUAU